AUGGCCAUGGACCCGGAUGGGACGACGAGCCCAAGCUCUAACACCAUGGAGCUCCGGCUCGCCUCUGGCAACGGCCCCGUGACUCGGACCGUUCUCCGAUCGCCCGUCCGCGACGCCGAGCCGUCCGAGAUCCCCGUCAUUGACCUGUCGCGCCUCUUCAGCGACACCCUGGCGGACCGCGAGGCCGUGGCCAGCCAAAUACACGAUGCCGCAUCCAACAUGGGAUUCUUUUACGUCAAGAACCACGGGAUACCUCUCCAGGAGAUCCGCGGCGCCUACGAGGCCGCCUUGGACUUUUUCCGACAGGGCCCUGCGGAAAAGAUAAAGGCGGACGCGACCGAGGGCCCCUAUGAUAGCGGCUGGCGGGGCCCGCGGACGCAGCGGGUGAAUCCAGAUGAAGGCGUUGACGUCCGCGAAACCAUUCCCCACGAGGCAGCUCAAUACAUUGGCCAAGGAAAACCUGCGUUUGAGGGAACAGAGCAGGUGCCGCAGCUCAAGGAAAGUCUCGAGCGGUACUACAAGUCAUGCCUGGCCCUCGCGCGAGCCUUGACGAGGGCCUUUGCCCUGUCUCUGGGCCUCUACGAGGACGCCUUUGACACCAAGGUGCAGUAUCCCGACGCCUCGCUCGAGGUUAAUUUUUACCCGCCCCUCGCCCAGGGCAGCGACAGCAGCAGCAGCAACAGCGCCCGGAGGGAGCCAAAGGAUGCCGACUCUCGCAUCUCCAUCGGCUCGCACACCGACUUCCUAUUCUUCACCAUGCUCUGGCAGGACGACGUGGGCGGCCUGCAGGUGCUCAACCACGAGGGGCAGUGGAUAGCCGCGAAGCCUAUCGAGGGCACCCUCGUCGUGAACAUUGGCGACUACAUGCAGCGCAUCACAAACGACAGGUACGUCAGCACCGUGCACCGCGCCAAGAACUGGAGCGGCCGCGAGAGGGCAACGACGUCGGUCAAGGUUGCGACGAGCGUUGGCAUGACGCUGACGGCUCUCUUUGGCCGAGACUCGGCCCCGCCCCUUGACAUCACGGGCUUAUACGUGACCUUUUAUAACCAGGGCCGCAUCUCGACCAUGAUAAAGCUCGAGGCCCUGGCGUCGGUGCGCUACGCUAAGAAAAAGGCGAUUGCGACGAUACCGUUUCCAGGGGCGGCCUUUAACGUCACCGGUAUCGCCACCAUCGGGCCGGCGUUCCGGCUCGACGACAAAAUCGACGUCGGGAUGACCGUCUCGGCCGAGUUCGAGACCAACAUUGACAUUGCGUCGUGGCAGAUUCGCCAGACCAUCCCGGCCGAGGACGGAGCGCACGAGCCUAAGCCCCUAGACCAGCCCGACUACGACAAGCCGGGCGGCUAG